ACCAAAACCAUUAAUUGUAUUAAUUUUUGCAAAUAUAUUUAUUUUAAUUGAACACAAAGAUAAUCAAUCUGCCAUAGAAAUGUAUGAAUAUUUACUGUUGAGAGGCUGAAAUUCAGAGGAUUUGAGAAAUUUUACAUCUCUUAAUGAUUAUUUGAGAAUAAAAAUAGAUUAAUUUGAUAAUUGAUUAGUUGUCUAGCCAGCACGGUGACCGACUGGUUAGCACAUCCGCCUCACAGUUCUGGGGAGCGGAGUUCAAAUCCUGGCCCCGCCUGUGUGGAGUUUGCAUGUUCUCCCCGUACCUGGGUGGGUUUUCUCCGGGCACUCCGAUUUCCUCCCACAUCCCAAAAUCAGGUGUGGUAGGUUGAUUGAAGAAUCUAAAAUUGCCCGUAGGUGUGAAUGUGAGUGCGAAGGGUUGUUUGUUUCUAUGUGCCCUGCGAUUGGCUGGCAACUAGUUCAGGGUGUACCCCGCCUCCUGUCCGAAGAUAGCUGGGAUAGACUUCAUCGGCCCGCGACCAUCAUGCUCUGACUAAUCUCUAAUUUACAACCAGAGAGUUUUCUGAUUAACGUGGCAUCUGUUCAGUGAACUGCUCAGUCUUGAGCUACUAAGAGCACCAAAGCGCCGGUGCUCCCCAGCAAGCUGAGCCGUCACCAUGGAAACCCAAACAGACGUUAUUCCUAUCUGGCAGAACAAGCCUCAUGGAUCCACUCGCAGUGUGGUUAGGAGAAUAGGCUCCACCCUUCCACUCAAACCCCCACAAAGGGCGUGUUUCCAGGAAUUACCAGGCAUGCCUGCUCUUCGCCCUCGGGACGGCCCCAUGGUUCCCACCUUGGCAGAUAUUGCCUGGAUUGUUGCAGAUGAAGAGGAGACGUAUGCCAGAGUGCGGAGUGACAGUCGCCCUCUGAAACACGAGUGGAGGCCCACGCCGCUCCUGGUACUACACAGGAACUCGUCGGUGCCCAACUUCCGACGUGAGGGCAAGCGGGUGGAGGGCCUGAAGAAGCCCGGGCUAACUGCGCUCAACCGCACCACCGCUCUGCAGGAUGAGCUGGGCAGACUUAGAGCACAGAUUGCAAAGAUUGUUGCCGGCGAUACUGGCUCCAACCCCUUGACUCCUGACCUGCUCUCCCCCGACGACACCACGAUGAGCUUUUCCAUGGCGGCCUUUGAGACCGCCCCCUACCAGCCGGCGGCCGCGGCAGCCGCCUCUUUCGUCAUUAGCGACGUCACCGAGGAGGACGAAGAGGAGGAGGAAGAUGACGACGACAAGGACAUGGUGUCCGUGGUCUCAGAGUUGGUCCCUGACCCCCUGCCGACAGUUUCCAUGACGGCAUCGGCCACCUUCGACCUGGACAGGCCCAGCAUGGACUACCGCGAGGCAGAGGAGGACACGGUGUCGCUGUCCAAGUCCACCAGCUUUGCCGACGUUAUGGAUAUACUGAAGGACAUGAACCGCAUGAAGAUGAGCAAAGACAGGUAUAACAGAGGCUGUACGUCCUUGAGAGAAGAGGACUCGGCCUCUCUGAUCUCCGAAGCUCUGAGGAAAAAGUUUGUCCUGAAGGAAGAAGACAGCGUUGCCGUGAUGCGGAAGUAGCUCAUCCUCGCUUGCCGGUCCUGCUACUCCAUGCCUUUUCCCAUGAACUGUCAUGCAACCUUGCUCCUCAGACCUUAAUGCAGUAGCUGCCUGCUGCCAGUUGGUAAACAAAUCUGUAUCACAUAGUCUAUUUCUCGCGCCAGUUUUCAGAACAAUGGCUCAACAGACUGUUUCAAGUGACCAGUGGCAACUUUUAGGAGCACUUUUUACCCAUCCAGCAUUGAGAAGGAGGGUUUUAAAUUGGAAAUGUAUCCAGUUCUGUAUUAUACUUGAAAAUGUUUGCGAGUAUACACACAAAUUCUCUUUUGUCGUCAGAUGGUUUGAAACAUGAGAGACGCUAUCAUCAGGUUUAAAAUAAGUGUGUACAUUUAGCCUAUAUUCUCUAAAGCAGGGGUGGGGAACCUGUGAGCCACAUAGAACCCCCCUAGACUGAGCGGUUCUCCAACGGUCCAAUUUGUGAGCUGCAUCCAGCAAUUUGCAAUCAAUUAUGUUGUAUAAUUUUUUUUAAAUGUCCUCACCUACAUCAGUUCCAUAUGCCCCAAUAAAACAAACUACUUCUCCCUUCCUAGAGAUUUCAAUGUUAAGUGGUGCUAAAGCCAAACUGGCAACAUUAGGAAACUAUAAAAAGAGUGAAACAUAAAAAAAAAAGAUCAUCCAAGGUUUUUGUAUGGUUAAAUUUUAAAUGAAGUUAGGAUUAUGAGGGGGGUCCUUGGAAAUAUUUCUCCCGACACCAAAAAGGUUGAGAAGCCAUGCUUGAAAUUUCACGAACCCAGAAAGGCUGAGAACCCCUGCUGAGAACACCUGUGCUUGAAAAUGUGAUGAUUCAAAACAAAUCUCACAGGACCUGAUAUAUUAAAAUAUCCCAAAUACAUGAUAAUUGCAUCAUUCUUUCAUACAUGUAUUAAACUGAAUUGGCCCCUGAUAGGAAAGUGUGUGAGAUGCUUUGUAUGAUCCAAGCUUGUGCCAGCCUUGUGAAGUAGACUGGGAAUUCCUGAUUAAGCAAAGGCAAUUGAGCUUUGUGUGUGUUUUACAUUACUUUGUACAGGAACCCUUGAGUUGUGACUAUGAAUAUUACUGGUGACGCCUUACCGCAUGUCUAUUGCCCACUCAGAUGGCUGAUUUUAUUCACCCCCACCCCCGAUUGUGCCACAUCUUUGUUUUAUCAGCCCAUCCCUUAUUGCUUAACAUUUUGUGUUAUUUGUUAAAAUCUAUUUAGCAUGUUGUUUUUCACACCAAGUUGUGUAGGAAUAACCCCCUCACAAAAAGCUUGCUUUUUGUGUUUGUGAGGGUUUUUUUUACUUCAUCAUGCAUCUUUUUUUUUUGUUAAGUUUCUCACUUUUAAAAGAUGAUUAUUAUUGUUAAAAUUGUCAUUUCACAGCAUCCUGACAGGUUAGCAUUUACCUGUUUCUCACCAUUGAAACUCUUCGUUGGGUUGAACACACCACUUCCACAUUGUACCACGUUGAUUUUAUUUUUUUUUGUCAUGUAUGGAUUUGUAAAUAAAGAUGGACAGAUGUUUUGAAACUUCGUUUAGUCUUUGAUUAACUGCAUCAAUGUAAUGGUGCAUCACUUACCAGUAGUGUGUGUCAUUUACAGUGUUCACUUACCAGUUUGUUUAUUUUUUGUAAUGUAUUUUUAGUAAGACAAAAUGGCCGUGUACAGAAUUGUACUUUAUAAAACUAGACAGUAAAAACAAAUACAAUGUAAAAAAUUAAA